UGGUUUAUGUACGAAUAUAUUAAAGCAAAGUCGAUAAAGAUAAACUCUUAAGGCCACAGGUUAUAGUGUAAUAUUUGUAAAAAGUACGUCGAUAAUAAAUUUUCAGUUUUUAUAUUGUCAGACGCUUGGAAUCUGUGAAUUAUUAAAAGAAGAACUUUGUGAUCAAAAUGGGUGUACCGAAGUUUUUUAGAUAUAUAAGCGAGAGAUAUCCUUGUAUCAGUCAAACGUUAAAGGACUACCAGCUACCGAUGUUUGAUAAUUUAUAUUUAGAUGUGAAUGGUAUCAUACAUGGAUGUUCUCAUCCCAAUGACUCUGAUAUCUCGUUUCAUAUCAGCGAAGAGACUAUAUUGAAAAAUAUAUUUCAUUAUAUUGAAAUAUUAUUCCGUAUGAUACAGCCUCAAAAGUUGUUUUUCAUAUCAAUCGAUGGUGUGGCACCACGAGCAAAAAUUAAUCAACAGAGGGGUAGGCGUUUCAGAGUUGCGAAACUUACAGAGGGACAAAUAGCUACGGCAAAGACCAAGGGUAUCGAAAUAAACAUGGACGAGAAAUUCGAUUCAAAUUGUAUUACUCCAGGAACAGAAUUUAUGGCAAAGUUAGACGAACAGUUGAAAUAUUUUAUUUCAAAUAAAAUUUCAACCGACGAUCUUUGGCAGAAGUGCAAAAUUAUAUUUAGUGGAUCUCAGGUCCCAGGGGAAGGGGAACAUAAAAUAAUGGACUAUAUACGUUAUAUGAAGGCUCAGCCAGGUUACGAUCCAAAUACUAAACAUUGUUUAUAUGGUCUAGAUGCAGAUUUAAUAAUGUUGGGUUUAUGCACUCACGAAGCAUACUUCACAUUACUAAGGGAGGAAGUAAAGUUUGGUAAAAAACAAACGAAAAUCCAAACUCCAGAGGAGACAAAGUUUUGUCUCUUUCAUUUAUCUCUAUUAAGAGAGUAUAUCAACCACGAGUUCUCUUCGUUGAGGGAAAAACUGCCAUUUCCAUAUGAUAUUGAAAAGAUUAUCGAUGACUGGGUUUUAAUGGGGUUUUUAGUAGGGAAUGACUUUGUUCCUCAUUUGCCAAACUUACACCUCUCGCAUGGAGCAUUAUCCAUAUUGUAUCAGGUGUAUAUGGACGUGUUGCCAAGUUUAGAAGGAUAUAUAAACGAAACAGGAACGUUAAAACUAGACAGAUUCGAAAAAUUUAUCGAAAGACUCAGUCGUUUCGACCUUUUACAAUUUUCGACGCAUUACGCUGAUCUAAAGUAUCUUGAAGGUAAAAUGGAAAGACGUUUCCCAAAUUCCGACAUACCUAUGUGUAAAAAGCCAGAAGACAGCAACAAUAUACCUACCCCGAAAAGAGUACAAGACAAAGAAUUCGACAAUUUGCUUAGAGCUGCCGCCGAUACGACGCUGGGAGCAUUGUUUGACGAUGAAGAAGACGAUGAAUCUGAUAGUGAAAUUUAUAAUCUGGAAUUUAUCCAACAUAAAAGGGACUAUUACAUGAACAAAUUAGAAUAUGAAAAUAUAGAUGAGGAUUUCCUACGGUCUCAAGCUGAAGCCUAUGUCAGAGCUAUACAAUGGAAUUUAAAUUAUUAUUACAAUGGAUGUUGUAGUUGGUCGUGGUUUUAUCCACAUCACUAUGCGCCUUACAUUUCAGACAUAAAGGAUUUCAAGGAUUUAAAAUUAGAGUUUGAUUUAGGGGAACCAUUUUUACCGUUCCAACAGUUAUUAGCUGUACUGCCACCGUACAGUAGAAAGUUAUUACCAUCAGCAUUUCAAAGGUUGCUAAUCGACGAAACAUCCCCUAUAAUUGAGUAUUACCCGGUAGACUUCAAAACGGAUUUAAAUGGCAAACAGCAAGAAUGGGAGGCUGUUGUGCUUCUCCCGUUCAUAAACGAAAAGCUUCUUCUGGAUGCCAUGGCGCCACACUACUCGGAAUUAACUCCUGACCAGCUUGCGAGAAACAAACAUGGACCAAUGUGUUUGUAUUUUCACACAGAGGAAGAUAGGGGCGUUUACAAGGCGCCAGAAUAUUUUCCCGACACUCUGCACAAUCAUGCAGCUGUAAAAUUAAUUAACUCCGAGGAUAUUAUUAUUCCACGAGAAAAAUUAAUCAGAGGACUACAUCCAGAAGUAAAAUUAGAGAUAUAUUGCCCCGGCUUUCCAACACUGCAGCAUAUAGAACAUACCGUCAAUUUGGAGAAGGCCAAGGUUAAAGUGUUUGAGCAUCAUUCGUAUAGGGAUAGCAUGAUUAUAUAUAUAAAAUCGCCGUCGGAAACGGAAUUCAAAUCAGUGACGUCUGAACUGUUGGGAAAAAUUGUUUAUGUGGAAUGGCCUUUUUUGACAGAAGCGCAAGUGAUAGCUGUUUCAAUAAGCAGCUCAAAAUUAAGUUUAGUUGAUCCUCAAACUGGUUAUUCUCCUGAGAAUGUAAAGGAAGAGGAAUUGAAGGCUGCGCAUCAUACGCUAUGGAACUCUCAGGCGAAACAGAUCACUGACGUACACAAAAGUCGUCUGGGUAUAGAUGUAGGCGAAAUAAAAAUAUUAGUCCAUGCACGUUUAAUGAUGGGAAGCAAAUACAUAUUUAACCGUCAUGGGAAAUUACAUUUCGAGAAACAGUGGUCGGACACGCUAACUGCUUAUGCCUAUCAAACAGUAGUACAAGAUCUAUCUGUACACAACUUCAACGUAACAUUGUAUAGAACCGUCGAGGAUAUUUUUAUGCCAGGAACUGUGUGCUUCUUGAUAGGACAUCCUCACUAUGGUGCAAUGGGCACAGUAAUUGAACCGGCAGUUUCGAAAAAAUUAGGUAAAGUCAAUGUAUCGGUAAACGUCAGUUCAGAACCGUCAUUGGAGGCGAUGAAACAGACUCAUCAGAAACUUCGAACUAAGUAUAUGCAAGGAAACUCAAUUGCCCAGAGAUUAGGUAUAAGCAGUCAUUUGCUGAGCAGAAUCACAGGAACGAUUUACGUAAAGCCAACGUCUAAUAACUUCAGUCAAGAGGUGAUUAAACACAAUAUUGGCCUGAAUUUGAAAUUCAAUAGGAAAAACGAGGAAAUAGUUGGUUAUACUAGAAAAGAGAAUGGUCAUUGGCUGUACAGUCCUAAAGUCGUCAAAUUGACCCGUAAUUACAUAAAGAAGUAUCCUGAUCUGUUCGAACGACUUUCACAGACUCUUGGAAAUGUAAUCCUAGAGAAAGAAUUAUUCGAGGAGGGAUCUGGAGAAUUGAAUGAAAUCAUGAAGUGGCUGAAAGAAGAGCUGCAAGGCUUAAAAAGCUGUCCUUGCGGAACAGAGAACGUCGAAGCUUGCUUGGUAAAAGAAAUUGAGGAGACUGUCGACAAAUUUCUGAAAGAUCAACCUAUCGAGAAGUCCGUGGUGAUGAAAGUGAAGCCUCAUUUGCUGUUCAAGCCCGGUUUGCAUUUACGCAAGAUGCAACCCGAUUCAAAUACACAAACCUAUCUGUUGGAUAGGGUGUGUUGUAUCAAAGACAAUUUCACUGUUCCCUUAGGUUUCAAGGGUACUGUAAUAGGUAUUCAGAGAUCGGAGAACCCGUUGGAGACUAUGUACGAUGUUGUUUUCGAUAAAACCUUUACAUGCGGACUGAUUAUAAACGGCUGCUCGGAUCUUCGCGGGUACCGAUUAUCUGCGCUUGAUUUCAUAAACAUCAGUCAUGGAGAGAGAAUAUGGUGUAGCAAGAUAAAGUUAUCUGUGACAGAGGUAAACGCAGAAUCCAUGGUCUCCUGGAAAUUUGCGUCCAAUAAGGCGGCUGAUUCGCGCGCAAACUCGAGCGCUUUCGCGUCUUACAAGAAGCGUCAUCAAUUGUCAGGCCAACAGCCAGAGGCUUGGUCGAACUCGCGGACAGUACAGAAGAACAAUGAGACAGCCAACCAAGAGAUUCGUUUAACAUCGACGUCGUCGUCGUUCUCAUCGAAUCAGUUCAAAUGGAAACAACGUGAUUCUCGGAACGACGUCGUUGCGAGGACCGCAGAAGGUAAUAAGAUGAUCAAGAGUACUCAGCAAAACCCUGCGCCCCCUGAGAACGCACAAAACAAGCAAUCGACAGUGAAACCUCCGACGUUGGAGUUCCAAGCAUUGUGGAACGAGUUGCACAAGUUGCAACUGAAUAAAACGAAACCAUCAGAGCCAGUAAAGACUGUGAUACAAGAACCGAUGGAUUCAAAGAUGAAGCAAAUGAAUAAUAGCUUUUCUGAAAGUACUCCUCAAGAUCCCAGCGCCUUCCUGAAGGCUGUUUUGAAAAUUUCUGAUGAAAAUACACAACAGACUACACAAUCCACAUCACCGAAGAUUCUUUCCAAUAACACCUCAGUUCCUCAAAAGGAAAAUAAGAUGUUGGAUACAUUGCCUUUGGUGCAGCAGUUGUUUGAUCAUGCGCGACAAAGCAAAAAUGUAAAGGACGAGAAAACACCGAUUUGGUACUGCACACAAUUAUUGCAUUAUUAUCAACUCACUGGGACUGGAAUGCCUAUUUACAGCUACUUUACCGAUGGUGAAACUAAUCUAAUUCGAGCACGCAUUGUUCUCCCAGAUAAGAGAGCUUUUGUCAGUGAUCCAUGUGGAACCCAUGAGCAAGCUGCAGGAAGCGCAGCAAGGAAAGUGUACACGGAACUAAAUUUGUCUAACGCAAUGCCAAAUAUGAAGAUUGUGCCGCCACUGCAUUGGUACGCUACUCGACAAAACAACUCUUGGUCCCCGAACGUAAGACCACCAGGACCGCCAUUUUUCCCGCCGAAAGCUCAACCUCCUCAACACCUUCCUCAGUGGACCUCGAAGGCGCAGCAUAGUACUAAUUAUCACCAACCGUACACACAAAAUAAUCAGUACAUGCAUCACGCUCAACCAAAAUUAGCUCAAAACGAACCGAAGUCUGAGAUAAAGAACAAUACAUCUUUUGUUCCACUGCAAGCGCAAAAGAACAGCAGAAACAUCGUGGCCAAACAGGCCGGUGCCGCUAAGGAGACGAAUCAAAGUGCCAAAGACAAUCUGCAACCACUAGUUCAGCAAAAGAAGAAAGAAUUACCUGCCAAGAAAGCAGCACUUAUCACGGCAGUUACAGAAAAACAGAAAUCAACGCAAAGCUGCUCCAAUCAACAAGUACAAAACACGCAAACUGCAGCGAAGCCUAAGAAAUCGCGGAUCGCUGCGAAAUUUGGUAUACCUUCGCAAACGGAGGAAUCGAAUCGCAGAAAAGAUUCGGUUUAAACAGGCAUUAGGGACGUAACGAUGGACGAGUAUGUCGUAAACUGUUAAUACAUAUAUAAAUAUAUAUAUAUAUAUAAAUAUAAA